AUGGUCAAACAAGCAGAACCACAGAGUAGCCCCAUGCCUAGCAUGUCUACAGACCCCUCCAACCAAUUCCUCAAAUCGAGCAGCUUUCGAAAAUUCUCGGCCAUGCUGAUGAUUAUUCUUCUUUAUACCACCGCGACUCCAUUUAGUCCGAUCGCAUGGCUCAUCUCCGACAUCGAAGGUUCGUUAUUCCUCGAUCGACUACUUGCCGGCGCACUUCUUUUCGCAGCCAUGUAUUUCCAAUGGCGAGUUGCGGUGCAAAGCUAUCCCGUUGCCAUCAUUCUUCCCACUGGAAGUCGAACUAUGAUAUCGAAUGGAAAUAUUGUUCAGAUGAAUGGGGAUGUGAUUUGGAUAUACGAGCCGUUGAAAUAUUGGAGAUAUGUGAUGGUGGAAGGGCUGGGAUUGCUGGUUGCGGAAUGGGCGGGUGUAGAGCGUGUUAGGAGGGGGGUGGUUAGUGUGGUUAUUGCGGCUUUGUGGAUGGUGGGUUGGAGUGUUACGCCGGAGAGUACGAAGAGGGAGGGGUGGGCAUAUUUGAAGAGAUUCUGGUUUUGGAUUGCGUUGGAUGAGAUUAUGAGGGUGGGACGGGGUGGUGGAGGUAUGAAGAGGAGAAAAUGGUAA